AUGCCUGCCGAGGAGUUCACAACCAGACUGCAGAGUGCCUUAAAAUCACAAGCGCAGCCUCAUCUACUUCCAUUUCUUCACAAGACGCUUCCCUAUCUUCGCGCUGCGAUGAGAAGUGGCGAAGUGACGAUUGAAGGUGUAGUACCUCCACCUGGCAUGAUGGUUCCUCCUGCACCACAGAUUGAAGCGGCCUCACCUCAGCAACAGGUCCACAUGCAAAUGCAACAUCAGCAACAUAUUAUUACUGCUCAGCAGCAACCAUCGUCUCAACCACCGCCUCAGCAUAUUCAUUCACAACCAAUACAGGUGAAUAGU